AAAAGAAAAACAAUUCAAGAUGGGUCGACUGAAAAAGACACAAAAAUUUAGCAAUAAACUUCAACGAUUGAUAAAGCCAACGGAUGACAGAAUUAAAGAAGAGCAUCGAACUGUUCGACCUAAAAAGGAAGACGAGCAAGCAUUAAAAAUCAAAGAAGCGCCUCGCAUUUCUUCAGCAAUGUUUUUAAAAUACAACACUCAAUUGGGACCUCCUUUCCAUGUUAUCGUUGAUACAAACUUUGUCAAUUUUAGCAUCAAAAAUCGGAUAGAUGUUAUGAAAGGAUUUAUGGAUUGUCUUUUUGCUAAAGUAUUUCCAUACAUUCCUGAUUGUGUUCUUGGUGAAUUAGAAAAGCAGGGACGUCGUUUUAAAUUGGCUUUAAAAAUUAUUAAAGACCAGCGGUUCCAAAGACUUCAUUGUUCUCAUAAGGGAAUUUAUGCGGACGAUUGUAUUGUUCAAAGAAUUACUCAGCACAAAUGUUAUAUUGUUGCUACUUGUGACAGAGAUUUACGAAUGCGUAUACGUAAAAUUCCAGGGGUUCCAAUUAUGUAUAUUCGAGAUCAUCGUUAUACUAUUGAAAGAAUGCCUGAUGCUUAUGGUGCACCAAAAUUGUAA